AUGCCUAAGUUAGAGGACUGGGAGAUCAAAAAAUACUGGGAAAUUUUCUCCGGAUUGGGCCCCGAAAAAAACAAACUCUCCGGAGACCGUGUUUCGGUUGUAUUCAAAAACUCCCAUCUUAGCUCUGGUGAGCUGGCCUCUAUCUGGGAUCUGAGUGAUAUCGACACUGAUGGGUUUCUGGAUUUCGAGGAAUUUUGUAUUGCGAUGAGAUUGAUCUUUGACAGGGUCAAUGGUAACAUUUCGGUGUUGCCUAGUAUUCUUCCAGAUUGGUUGGUGCCUGCCUCAAAGUCUCAUCUGGUACAGGCAGACCGGGCAGUCAAUGGAUCCGCAUCUAAUAACGUGGUUUCGGACGACGAUGACGAGGCAGUGAGUCUGAGCUCCGACUUUGACUGGUACAUUUCGCCUACGGACAAAUCCACCUAUGAAACGGUGUACGCAGCCUCUUCGGAUAGGUACGGAAGAAUCAAGUUUGAGAGUCUGAAUGACUUAUAUAAGACGUUGAGCGUUCCAGAAACGGAUAUAUCGAGCGCGUGGAAUUUGGUGAAUCCCAAGAGUGCAGAGACAAUAGACAAGGACCAAACCUUGGUCUUUUUGCACAUUUUGAAUCAAAGAUCGAACGGAAGAAGGGUUCCAAGAGGAGUCCCAGCCUCUUUGAGAGCAACUUUUUCGAAGGAAGUGCCUGAGUACAAUCUGGACUCACACCAGGCCGACGUAGCAAGACCCGUUGUUAAGAAGGGUGAGAGUUUUGCAGAUUCAUACCUGAACAAACUUGGUGUGGGGAGCAGAACUUCAACGUCUUCCGGAACAGACUUCAGCGCUACUAAGGGCACGGAUUGGGAAGAGGUCAGAUUGCGCAGACAACUUGCGGAUAUUGAUGCCUUGAUCAAAAAAGCGGAAAAGGCAAGUCAGAAUCCGACUCCUGAAGACGACAAACUAGCAAUGACCAAGUACGAGUUUGAACAGUUGUUGAAAUACAAGGAGGAACAGGCCAAGGGUGUCAAUGUUAACUCCGGGGACUUGAGUGGUGUCGAAAGCGAUAUCAAUUUGAUUGAGUCGCAGGUAAUUGGUCUGGAGCAGUAUCUGGAGAAGAAGAGGAAUACGUUGAAGGAACUACAGGCGGAGAUCGCGAGUGCGAAGGCCUAA